AUGGCCCCGUGGCCCGCAGCUCCGCCGCCGCCGCCGCCGCCGCUGCCGCCGCUGGCCGCGCCGCCGCCGCCCGGCGUCUCGGCUAAGGGGCCGCCGGCGCGCAAGCUGCUCUUCAUGUGCACCUUGUCCCUGUCCGUCACCUACCUGUGCUACAGCCUCCUGGGCGGCUCGGGCUCGCUGCAGUUCCCCCUGGCGCUGCAGGAGCCGCCGGGCGCCGCCGCCGAGCCCCCGCCGAGCCCGCCGCCACCCUCGCGGCCGCCUCCCCCCGCGCGCCCGGGCGCCCCCUCGCCGCCGCCGCCGCCGGACAACGCGAGCCGGGGGGCGCCGCCCGAGCCCCCCGCAGCCCCCGAGCGGCCCGCCGGCCCGGCGAACGAGGGCUGGGGGCUGGCGAGCGGCGGCGGCGGCGGCGCCCGGGACGCUUGGCUCCGGACCCCGCUGGCGCCCGGCGCGAUGGUGACGGCGCCCAGCGCGCUGCUGCUGGACAGGGACGCGCCCGAGUCCAGCACCGCCGACGAGGAGCUCGCAGGCCGGAGGGCGGCCAACGCCAGCGGCGAGCGGGGCGGCGCCGCCAGCACCCCCGACUACGGGGAGAAGAAGCUGCCCCAGGCGCUCAUCAUCGGGGUCAAGAAAGGCGGGACCCGCGCGCUGCUGGAAGCGAUCCGCGUCCACCCGGACGUGCGGGCGGUGGGCGUUGAGCCGCACUUCUUCGACAGGAACUACGAGAAGGGGCUCGAGUGGUACAGAAAUGUGAUGCCUAAGACAGUGGAUGGACAGAUAACCAUGGAGAAGACCCCCAGUUACUUUGUGACUAAUGAGGCUCCGAAGCGCAUCCACUCCAUGGCCAAGGACAUCAAACUGAUUGUGGUGGUGAGGAACCCUGUGACCAGGGCCAUCUCUGACUAUACCCAGACUCUGUCAAAGAAGCCUGAGAUCCCCACCUUCGAGGUGCUGGCCUUCAAAAAUCGGACCCUGGGGCUGAUCGAUGCCUCCUGGAGUGCCAUUCGGAUAGGGAUCUACGCCCUGCACCUGGAGAACUGGCUCCAGUACUUCCCCCUCUCCCAGAUCCUCUUUGUCAGUGGAGAGAGACUCAUAGUGGAUCCGGCGGGGGAAAUGGCCAAAGUCCAGGACUUCCUAGGCCUGAAGCGGGUGGUAAAUGAGAAACAUUUCUAUUUCAACAAAACCAAGGGAUUCCCUUGCCUCAAGAAGCCGGAAGACAGCGGUGCCCCGAGGUGCUUAGGCAAGAGCAAAGGCCGGACUCAUCCCCGCAUUGACCCAGAUGUGAUCCACAGACUGCGGAAAUUCUACAAACCCUUCAACAUGAUGUUUUACCAAAUGACUGGUCAAGAUUUCCAGUGGGAACAGGAGGAGGGUGACAAAUGAGGGUGGCGAGGUGGCGGGAAGGCAAGGGGAUAUCUCUGGGUGCUCCUUAACUG